AUGAAUGAGUCGUUCCUAUUUGAGCGCCAGGUCAACACCUGUUCUCCUCCCUAUCAAUUCUACCAAUGCAGCAUCAGUGGCCAAUUCUCGGGCUGUUGCUCCUUGGACCCCUGUGACGAUGGGAUUUGUCCUGCCGAGAAUCAGCCUGGUGGUUCGUCUCAGUCUACGACAUCGGAAACGACGUCCAUCAGUUCAACUAGUCUUAGCAACCAGGAGCAGACCGUUACGGUAACUGCGUCCGCUGCGCCGUCUUCUCUAUCGUCUCAAACUACAGCAGCGCUUGAGACUUCUGCAACAAGGUCAUUAUCUGAUCUUGACCAGGACCAAACCGUCACGAUGGCCACAGCAACCAUGUCCUCCUCGCUAUCUUCGGCUUCGUUGAGUACUUCUAUUGGAAAAACGGAUGUGGUGACAACGACAGUAGCAGCGGCAAUAUCCUCAACCAAUACACCCACACAAACCCCCUCCGAGACAUCAACAUCAUCCAAUAACAAGGCAGUUCUCAUUGGAAGUUCUGUCGGUGGUGUUGUGGGCAUCAUGGCCCUGUUUUUGAUGCUAUUUCUGUGCUGUCGAAGGAGAAAAACGUCGAAAACAUUGAAUAGCAGCAACAAUGAGAAACGGGCACAUAAACGCACAUUCUCCGGGUUCCAGGAGGAUAGUGAUUAUAAUCUAUCAAGUAGCUGGAGCCAGCCUUCUGAAGAUUACUACAGACAACAACAUAAAACAAGCCCCCUUGGACAUGUGGACAGAACACGAUCCCCAGCAUUAACCGAGUUGGAUUCCAACCCCCGCGGAAGCCCUCUUAAAACUUAUUCCAGCGUGCUUUCGAAAACGGUAUAUGAGCUUGAUAGUAGCGUCAACGAAGGCAGUACUACAACUCCUACUCGUGCAUCAUCCUCGGAUCCAUUGAACGCCAAUCUUCGAAGUGUUUCGACUUCGAGCCCCGCUUCUCAACGUGCUGGCAGUCGUCUUGGUGACCAUCUUUGGCAGUCAUCUGAAUCAGAUACUAUGAGCAAUGGUUCUAGUGCCAUGAGUGGUGGGAUUCGGCUUGCCAGGAGCGGAGAAUUGUCUGUGAGGUCUGAAUAG